UACGGAAAAACUAAAGCAUUGCAAAUUCUGAAAGAAAAAAAAAGGGUAAAGCAUUUUAGGACUUCUAUCUUAUCCCUCUGGAUUCCAACAUGUUCAAGUAAAUUUUCUCUGAUUCUAACACAAUCCCUCGCCCCAUGGAAGCAAAAACUGCUAAUACAGUUGAUGAUCCAUCAUCAACACGCUUCACAUGGAGGAUUGACAACUUUUCGACGCUGAACACACAGAAGUUAUACUCUGAAAGUUUCUAUGUUGGAGGAUACAAAUGGCGGGUGCUUAUAUUUCCAAAGGGGAGCAAGAAUUCGGACAAUUUGGGGAUCUAUUUAGAUGUUGCGGAUUCAGAAACUUUGCCAUAUGGGUGGACAAAAUACAUUAAAUUCAGCUUAUCUGUGAUCAAUCAUAUUAAUAACAAGACCACAGUAAAGAUAGACGCUCAACACCAGUUCCAUGCACAAGAAAGUGGUUGGGGAUUCGCAUCAUUCAUGCCUUUUAGUAAACUGUGUGACCCUGGUAGAGGUUAUCUUGUGAACGAUACAUGUGUUGUUGAAGUUGAUUUUCCAGGUUUCCGAUCAGUCGAACUUAGGGUUGAGGAGGUGAAGACUGCCUUGGCCAAAGGUGAAACUACCAAGUCUUCUUCUCAAGGGGAUAUCGAUGGGAGCACAACACAGACUGCUUCUGGUACUGAUACAAUCUUGCCUCAGACUGAUACCUUGAGCCUCCCUCCUGCCAGUGAAUCAGCAACCGAAGUGAUCAAGACUUUGGUCCCACCAACCACUCCAAUUGUUGAAAAGGAAUCAACGGUUAAUUCCCCUCAUGCCCAAGAUCCGGAAGUUGAGUUGCCGAGGAGUACUCCAAUGGAUGCUCCUCUUGAGUCAAUUUCAUUUGGUAACAUGGAUGCCUAUAUCUCCAAGUUGGUGUCUGUAUUAGAGACUGAUGCACCCUUUGACUCCACUACUGAAGGAUCUGUCGUAUCCUCCAUCCCUCAAUCAACAAUUGAUGAAGCCAAAAAAUUCUUUAUAAAGAUGCUAUCUAAGGACUUAUCAGAAAUUCCUGAUUUUGCCGCACACAUUACAGAAUCCAUGUGUGUCUUGUCAGAGUGCCAUGACCUUACUCCAGCCCAGCUUGCACAGCUGAACGCCCUUAAGGUUGAGUUUCCAUCAGUUCUCAAAACUUUGACUUCCAACCAUUCUUUGAAGGAGGUAAGAGGAAAAAAUAGCAGAAAAGCGAGGAACAAAGAAGUGUUUGGUUGAGCAUGUAAAGAUUAAUGCAUUCGCGUUCCAAAUGCGGAGAGCUAUUCACAAGGACUUGAUCUCGGAGGAGGCAAAGCUUCAACAAGAGGUUGAGCGGCUGCAGGCUGAACUGGCAAAGAUCUCCGAGAAGAAGAAAAGUGCUGAGAAAGAGAUCAAGCAACUGCAUUGGAAGAUGGUUAAUCUAGAGCAGUCUAGAUCCUCUGUUCUUGAGGAGAUCUCAACUCUUGAGACCGAGAAGAAAACUGCAGAGAGCUCUCUGUCAUGGGUCCAGCAAAUAUGGACUCAGCUUAGAGACACAUUCAUGAUACCAAACAAUUAAUCUCUUUUGUUCCAACAAGGCUGACUAAGUUCUCAAUUGUUCUAAUCUUGCCUUAUAUAUGAAAUUUACCCGUUCUAUCAGUUGAUACCAAAGACUCCUCCCCCUUGCCAGUGGUAGAAGGCCAAAAACGAUACUCAACAUUCAUGCUAAAGAAGGAGAAGAAAAAGUCAGAAUAAGCAUUGUGAGUUACAGUCAAUUAACUGCCACUCAGACAGUAAGAAUCUCAAUCCUGCAGCCUUUCUUAGAGGUGGUUAAUGUGUAAAUUGUCUGUAAUGAAAUGCAAUCACAUGUUGAAUGGCAUGGAAGUAUAUCCUUAAUUUUAUAAUUUUCAGGCUAGAAUUUACCCAAAUGUAUGGUAUAUUGGAGACAAAACUGAUUUUGGUGAUGCAUUGACUGUAUUCACUGGAUGGUGAGAUAGUAUAUGUUUUUUGUUUUGGUGUUGAAAAAUAUAAACAUUUAAUUUACUUUAAA